AUGUAACAUAUGUUUAUAUAUAUUUAUAUAUGUGUAGUUGUGUGCAAUAAAUCAGUCACGUGUAUAGAAUUGCAAGUUUGUGAAGAGCAAAAGUCAUUUUGCAAUAAUGGUUUUUAUAACAACUAUUCUGUGCAAUAAAAUUUUUAAAAAGCUACAAAAUGUCAAAGAAGACAAAGAUUAUUAUUGUUGGAGCAGGUGCGGCUGGCAUCGCAGCUGCAUCCAAGUUAUUACAAAAAGGAAUGAACAAUUUUAUAAUAUUGGAAGCUAACAAUAGAAUUGGUGGUAGAGUGCACUCUUUAAAUUUUGGUGAAAAUGUGGUGGACCUUGGAGCUCAAUGGGUUCAUGGUGAAUCUAAAAAUGUAGUAUUCGAGCUUGCCUCCAAGCAUAAUUUGUUGGGAUCAUGUAGCAAUCUGAACAAUCCCACCAAACAUAAUUUUGUCAGCGGCAAUGGUGAAAUGAUGCCCAAGGAUGAAAGCAAUGAGGCUUUGACCAUCUAUUAUAAUAUGACAAAAAAUGCGCAAGAAGAAUUGAAAGAGGUAACAGGAUCUCUUGGAAAUUAUUUCACCAAAGAAUAUUAUAAGAUAUUUGAUGAGAAGCCUUUUACAAGUCGUGCUCGAGCUGCCGAAUAUUUAGCUUGGAUGGAAAAAAUGGAAAAUUCUAUAGAAUGCAGCGAUACUUGGUUCGACGUUUCCGCAAAUCGUUUGACGGAAUAUUGGGAAUGCGAAGGCGAUCCCUUGCUGAAUUGGAAAGGGCGUGGUUAUAAAACGGUCUUUGAUUUGUUAUUGCGAAAUAUUCCGAACACAGAAGAAUGUUUGCCAGUGAUGGAAAAGAUAGAGUUUGAAAAGAUUGUAACAACUAUCAACUAUAGUUACGGCGAAGAUGUUAAAGUGACCACCAGAGAUGGAUGCGAGUAUUUUGCGUCGCACGUUAUAUUCACUGGGUCUCUGGGUGUUUUGAAGGAAAAACAUUUUACGAUGUUUGUGCCUCCCCUACCACAAAAAAAACAACGCGCGAUAAAAGGAUUAAGUAUUGGAACAGCAAAUAAAAUUUUCCUUGAAUUUCCGCAUAGAUGGUGGUCAGAGGAUACAGCCAGCUUCGAUAUUAUUUGGUCGGAAAAGGACAAAAAAGAAUUCUUGAAAAUUUAUGGUCAAAGUAAAGAAUGGCUUUGCGACGUGUUUUCGAUUUUCACUGUAACUGAUCAGCCGAAUCUUUUAUGCGCCUGGAUCGUUGGAAAAAAUGCGAGACACAUGGAAAUUUUAUCGGACGUUGACGUGUUAGAUGGAUUGUAUCUAUGGUUGAAAAGAUUGCUCGGAAACCAUUAUGAUGUUGUAAAGCCAACGAAAAUAUUGAGAUCCAAAUGGCAUACCAAUGAACAUUUUCGUGGCUCAUACACCUUUCAAAGCACGAUUUCCGAAGAAAUGGAUGUAAGACCGAGAGAUUUGGCCGAGCCAAUCCUAGAUGGAAAUAAACCUGUAAUUCUUUUCGCUGGAGAAGCUACGCAUGAUCAUUAUUAUUCUACUGUGCAUGGUGCGGUGGAAACUGGUUUUCGCGAAGCGGAUCGAUUAAUUGACUUUGAAAGAAUGCUGAAAAACUUAGACCAACUGAUUGACAACUUCAACGAGGAAGUGCGAAUAGAUGCGGGUGCGAAAAGAACAGAGAAAACAAGAGUUGUGAUAGUAGGCGCAGGAAUUGCAGGAUUAGCAGCGGCAAGGACUCUAGAGGAAGCAGGCUUUACGGAUUAUCUUCUCCUGGAAGCUCAAGAUGUGGUUGGAGGAAGAAUUCAUUCCGUUCCGUGGAAUAACAAUUGGAUAGAUUGCGGGGCGCAAUUCUUACAUGGCGACAAGAGCAAAUUGGCACAAUAUUGUCUUGAUAAUAAUUUGCUGUCGAACAUUCCAGGAACAGAUAGCGAAGGACUCUUCUUGCGCAACGACGGAACAAUAAUGAGCGACAAUUUGGUUCGCGAGAUUGAUAAUCUUUUACGAACCGUCUCUGAUGAUAUCUGCGAAUGUCGGUGGCCUCUUAAUAAACACGAGACCAUCGGCUCUGUUAUGAAAUGUAAAUUCGAGGAACAUCUACGCGAGAUAAACGAUUCCUCGACACGAAAAAUGAUGGAGGAGAUAUUCGAUUGGAAUAUACGGUUUCUCUUGAUAGAUAACAGCUGCCGUUCAUUGGACGAAUUAUCAGCGAGUCUGUGGGGAAAGUUUAAAUAUGUCGGCGGACCGGAACAUUUGCUCUUCAAGUCCGGCUACAGCUCAUUAACGAAUCUUCUUGUCAAGAAUCUGAAUAAGGAAAAAAUACGAUUGGCCACUCCCGUAGAGACCAUUCGCUGGCAGGAUUCUCCGAUCAUCGUGACGACUUCCAAAGGGGUGCAGAUUAUCACCGACGCCGUUAUAGUCACCUGUUCACUUGGCUAUUUGAAGGAUAACUAUUGCAAGAUGUUUCUGCCGCCCUUACCGAAUCGUCUGAGCGUCGCCAUCGAAAACCUUGGUUUUGAAACAAUUAAUAAAAUCUUUUUGGACUUCGGCGAUUUACCCUGGUGGCCAACCAACGUGAAAGGUUUCCAAUUACUCUGGCACAGAGACGAUCAGCGAUCCUUCCCGGAAUGGACCAGAGAUCUCACGGGAUUUGACGUCCUGGCGACACAUCCAGCCACUCUCCUAGUGUGGGUCGGUGGACGAGGAGCUCGUAUCGUCGAGGAUUUGUCGGAAUGUACGAUCGCGCAAGAUUGCACGGACCUGUUGAGGCAUCAUUUGAGGUGUCACGAUAUUCCGCCGGUGAGGAAAUGCGUCAGAACGAAAUGGUACGGAAAUGAGUACGUGAGGGGCGGCUAUAGUCAUAUCACGAAGAGCUGCGAAAAGGACGACGUUUCACCUAGGACCUUGGCCGAACCAGUCUGGAUGACAAUAUUGCAAAAUGAUACGAAGAAGGAUUUACCAGUUAUGUUGUUUGCCGGCGAAGCUACGCAUGAUGAUUAUUAUUCGACAACACAUGGAGCUUAUGAGACAGGAAUCCGUCAAGCCAAAAUAUUUCUGCAACACCACACAAAUGUCAACUAAAAUAUCGUAUGUAAAUAUGUGAAUAUUUAUUAUUAUAUAUAUU